AUGAGUCGUCAAUAUCGGGUGUGGAUGGAGCAUCUGACGCGGGCUAUCAACGACUGCAUGCCGCUUGAUGAGUCCUACGUUCUUUUGCAUAGCGCGAAUCUUAUUGGUCUCUUCACGUGCAUUUUCGUCAAGCACAAAGAGCGGAAUAAGAUUAAAGACGUCAGUGCCGCCGAGGUCAAGCGGGGUAUGGGAGGUUUGCAUGGAAAUAAGGGCGCCCUUGUGUUCCGGUUUAUUCUGGACGAUAGUUCGCUCUGUUUCGUAAAUUGCCACUUGGCAGCAGGACAGACGCAGACCACGCACCGCAACAACGACAUCGCGGCUAUUCUCGAAACCGAGUCUCUACCCGUAGAGACCAGCCUGACGUCUCGAUUGAACCACUUUGUCAGUGGCGGAGACGGAUCCAUGAUUAUGGACCAUGAGAUCUGUAUUCUGAACGGAGAUCUCAACUACCGAAUUGACUCUAUACCGCGGAACGUGAUUAUUGAGGCAGUCCGCAGCAACAACCUUGCGAAGCUAUUGGAACGAGAUCAGUUACUGGCGUCUAGGCGCAAGAACCCAGGAUUCCGCUUACGCGCGUUCCAAGAGGCUCCAAUCACAUUCGCUCCGACAUACAAAUAUGAUGUUGGCACCGAUGAGUACGACUCUAGUGAUAAGAAGCGGUCUCCUGCUUGGUGUGAUCGAAUUCUCUACAGGGGACUAGGCCGAGUCAAGCAGCUGGAAUACCGGCGCCAUGAGGUGCGAGCGUCUGACCACCGACCAGUGAGCGCGAGGUUCAAGCUUCGUAUCAAGUCGGUACUUCCUCAGCAACGGGAUGCUGUGUGGGAAGCCUGUCAGAAGGAUUUCCAAGCUGAGCGACGAAGGCUAGCAUCUGAAGCAAGCAUCGAGUAUCUAAUAAGCGUUCUCGGAACGGACGCCAAACAAGCCCGGGCACUGAUCCUGGGCAACGGCAGCUGA